GAAGAGACAGCCACCUCCACCAAAUUUCAAAGAUGCAACAUGGAGAGGAAAAUGAGUGCUAUGACCUGUACAAUCUUUAACGAGUUACGUCUGGAGGGAAAACUCUGUGAUGUGGUCAUCAAAGUCAAUGGCAUCGAGUUCAAUGCCCACAAGAACAUCCUGUGUGGAUGCAGCUCAUACUUCCGUGCUCUCUUCACAAGUGGCUGGAACAACAUUGAGAAGCGGGUCUACAGCAUUCCUGGUGUGAACCCAGACAUGAUGCGCCUGAUCAUCGAGUAUGCCUACACACGUUCCGUGCCUGUGACUGCGGAGAAUGUGGAACCGCUCCUGGCGGCUGCAGACCAGUUCUGCAUCCUGGGGAUCAUGAGGGCCUGCUGUGACUAUCUGGAGGCCCAGCUCUGUCUGCAGAACUGCAUCGGCAUCUGCAAGUUUGCAGACUUCUACUCCUGCCCUGAUCUACGCCGCCGGGCCUACCUCUUCAUCCUGCACCACUUUGAGAUGGUGCGUUUCUCGGAAGAGUUCAUGGAUCUCUCUCUGGCACAGCUCUGUGACAUCAUCGAGAAGGACGACCUGAAUGUGAAGCAGGAGGAUGUUGUGUUUGAGGCGGUCCUACGCUGGAUCAACCACUCGCCUCAGGACCGCAAGGCCCACGUGUCUGUGCUGCUGCCCAAGGUCCGCAUGGCCUUGAUGACAGCCGACUACUUCAUGAACAACGUGAAGAACAAUACCUUGGUGAAGGACAAUGAUGACUGCAAGCCUAUCAUCAUCAGUGCCCUGAAGGCCAUGUACGACCUGAACAUGAACGGGCCCUCCAACACUGACUUCCGCAACCCUCUGACCCGCCCACGCCUGCCUUAUGCCAUCCUAUUGGCCAUAGGUGGCUGGAGUGGUGGCAGCCCCACCAAUGGCAUUGAGGCGUAUGAUGCGCGGGCUGACCGGUGGGUGAAUGUGACCCAGGAGGAGAGCCCUCGAGCCUACCAUGGAGCUGCUUACCUCAAUGGCUUUGUCUACUGUGUGGGUGGCUUUGACAGCGUUGACUACUUUAACAGUGUACGUAAGUUCAACCCUGUCACACGGACCUGGCACCAGGUGGCCCCCAUGCACUCUCGGCGCUGCUACGUCAGUGUGGCGGUGCUGGAUGGCUGUAUCUAUGCUAUGGGUGGCUUUGACGGCUACGUACGACUGAACACCGCUGAGUGCUAUGAGCCUGAGACUAACCAGUGGACCCUGAUUGCACCCAUGCAUGAGCAGAGGAGUGAUGCCAGUGCUACCACACUACAUGGCAAGGUGUACAUCUGCGGUGGCUUCAAUGGGAAUGAGUGCUUGUUCACAGCAGAGAGCUACAGCCCCCAGACCAACCAGUGGACUCUGACCGCCCCCAUGAGAAGCAGGCGCAGCGGUGUGGGGGUCAUCGCCUAUGCGGAGCAGGUCUAUGCGGUGGGCGGCUUCGAUGGGGCUAACCGCCUGCGUAACGCUGAGGCCUACAACCCGCUGACCAACACAUGGCGUACGGUGCCCACCAUGUUCAACCCGCGCAGCAACUUUGGCAUUGAGGUGGUGGACGACCUCCUGUUCGUGGUGGGGGGCUUCAACGGCUUCACCACUACCUUCAACGUGGAGUGCUAUGACGAGAAAAGAGAGGAGUGGUACGACGCCCACGACAUGGGCAUCUUCCGCAGUGCCCUCAGCUGCUGCGUGGUGCACGGGCUUCCCAACGUGGCCCAGUACGCAGCCCCCCGGGACUCCCUCCAGUCCCCCCGGGAAGAGCUGAAGCUCUCCGCUUCCAACAGCAUCCUGUCUGUGUGACGCCCCCUCGUCCCUAUCCCCCACUAUUACCCUUUCCUGCCCACCGUAU